AUGGUAACUGCAAUUCAGACAUAUCUCGUCGAGGCAUUCACGGCGCAGGCGGCAUCGGCUGCCGCAGCGAACACCGUGCUGCGAUCACUGGUCGGGGCUGUCCUACCUCUGGCGGGGCCGGAUAUGUAUAGUGCGUUGGGACUGGGGUGGGGGAAUUCGUUGUUAGCAUUGAUCGCAUUGGUUAUGCUGCCGCUACCCUUGGCGUUCUUCAGGUUUGGCGAACGACUGCGGAUGAGGUUCCCAAUAGCGACAUGA